CUUAUCGAUAAGCUUACGUCACUUUACCAAGAAUCCAACACCGCCAAAGAGUCGCAACUCUUACAUUAACUCUACCAACUUGCCAAUUCCCCAAUCAUGUAAAUAAUUUAUGUUCAGGUUCAGGAGCAUAUCCAGGUCCAUUCAGAGUGAGCAUAUAGUAUUGUCUUCCUUUGAAUUCUCCUUUUACAAUGAGUCACCAACGAUAUCCGUCAAUUGAUCCGAAGGAGCCUCAUUCCGUCUCCUUGAAAGUCCUCAGAUUAUCCAGACCUUCUCUCGUAGUCCAACACCCCUUACUUACACCCGUCUCCUCCCUCCCCGCAUCGGUCCAGCAGCAGGAACUUCCGAUCCCCGCCUCGCUCGCCUACCACACCGACGGCGACACUAACCCGGACCCGUUCCUCCUCGCGCCUAUAUUACAACUCCCCCCGUCCUUUGGAUCCGCUUACGUCGGCGAGACCUUCAGCUGCACGCUAUGCGCUAACCACGACGUCCCGCUGCCGGGUGAACUCCCAGCACCCGCCGUCGCCGCAGGAGGAGCAGGGGCAAACCUAGCGCCAGGGAGUCCACUGCACCCCCCCAAGCGUAAAUUCACGCGCGACGUGCGCAUCGAAGCGGAGAUGAAAACGCCCGGGUCCAGCGCAGCGCAGAAACUGUCCUUGCUAGGCGCGAACGGGGCAACUGCCGACGCCGAUGACGACAACGGAGAGUCGGACGCCAAGGGCCACCGCCACGCUAGAGGCGUCGACCUGGAGCCGGGCGACACGCUCCAGCGCAUCGUCAACUUCGACCUCAAGGAAGAAGGGAACCACGUGCUCGCCGUGACGGUGAGCUACUACGAGGCGACGGAGACGUCGGGGCGCACGCGCACGUUCCGCAAGCUGUACCAGUUCAUGUGCAAGGGGUCGCUGAUCGUGCGCACCAAGGUCGGCGCGCUGGUGCCGCCGCCGCCGCCGCCGUCGCGGUCGGAUGUAGAUUUGGAUUGGGACUUGAGUGGGAAAAAGGGGAAAGGAAGAGGGAAAGGGAAAGGGAAAGGAUGGCGGGAUAAGAACAGGGACAGGAGAAGAUGGGUUAUGGAGGCGCAGCUGGAGAACUGCAGCGAGGACGUCAUGCAGCUGUCCCGCGUGGGCCUGGACCUGGAGCCGGGGCUCAGGUACCGCGACUGCAACUGGGAAGUCGCGGGGGGCGGCGGCGGUGGUGGUAUUGGUGGGUGCGGACGGCCGGUGCUGCAUCCGGGGGAAGUGGAGCAGUGCUGCUUUGUGAUAGAGGAAGAUGACGAUGACGAUGACAGAGAUCGGGGACCGGACGGGGCGAAGCUGCGGGUCGACGAGGACGGGAGGAUCGUGUUUGGGGUGCUGGGGAUCGGCUGGCGGAGCGAGAUGGGGAAUAAGGGGUUCCUGUCUACGGGGAAGCUGGGCACGAGGAUUGUUGCGAGGUGAGUCCGGGGAACCCGGGGAGCCGGGGAGCAGGGUGAUUGCUUUCUGAUGAAGCGGUGAUGACUUUACGAAAAUGGGAGCGUAUAUGCUACCUACCAAGUACAUACAGAUAUGGGUUUUCUUAAGGGUCCACUGCAAGGAGAAGAAGAGAGUAGGUUACGGUAUUCUACUGCAACAACAACUCUCGGGCUCCGGUAUUAUCUGCAUUUACUACUUGCGUGCCUGGGAUAUGGUAGGUUAUCUGAGCGCCCGGCGAUAUUUACGCGGGUCACGAACCACGAAACCCAUUGGGUUGGACUACGUCGGGAUCACGACAUGUUUUGUGAGAGGGCGAUGUAUGUAGGAUAGGCGUGUCAUCUUUAUUUCUACUAGCAAUCACCCGAAGAAAAGAUUGACGGGCCGCCGGCAAUACCACGACAUAAUUCGGACCCCUAGGGGCUAGGGCGAUGGGAAGGAAGAAACUGAUAGUCUCCCCUAU